GAUCAAUUGUUUAGAGCAUUAGUCCUAAAGUUAGCAAAAUUCAAAUUCAUUUAGUGGUAAGUAAAGUGUGAAGACAUGACUGACAGCAACAGUGUUGACAACUCGACAACAGCUCAAACAUCGGCGGCGACGAUGACGACAGCAACGGUGGCCACUGAUGACAAUAGACAACAACAGAUACAAACAGGAGAACCACCACAACAACAGCCUAACAAUCAGGUUGUCCAACAACAACAACAGCCACCGCCAGAAGGACAGGUAGUCAACAAUGCAGUCAAUGGUCAACAACAACAACAGGCCGCCGACGUGUGUCCUGUUUGUCACGACGCCAUCCAGAACCCGGCCCGACCCGACGGCUGUCGACACAUGCAUUGUUUAAGAUGUCUGCAUCAGUGGUCAACCGGUCACAAUCGGUGUUCCGUAUGUCGGCAACCGUAUGAAAAUAUACGCUAUCACAUUGUCGAUGACGAACACUUCGAACAGUUACCUAUUCGGUAUAGGGAACAACCAGUUGAACAGAUGUUUGAACCGAUUAGGAUUCCGAUGAUGGCUCCAGAAGCCAGAAGACCAGGUGAAAGACAUCGGUCACGGUAUAUGAAUCGUCGGCGAGCGGCCAGAGCCAACCGAUACGAACGCCAGGGCGACCGUUUUGAACGACAGGCCGAACGGUUUGUGCGCCGGGCCCGCAAUCUUAGACGAUUAGCUCAAGUGGCCGAAAAACAGGCUGAGGUACGCCAGAGACGAGCUCGAAGACGCCGUCUUUUUGCCCAAAGGGUUAGAAAUAGAGAGGUGUGAGUGGGAAGGGAGGGGGUGAUGAUGAGUGUG